UUCGUUCAUCUCAAUUGUAUUAGUUAUGAACCGGAUUGGUUUUCAGUAAACCGAACAAUAUAGAACUCGAGAUUGUGAACCACGAGAUUUAACGGUCAAUGUACUAUUCCCACGUUGGUUCAUAAUAUCGUUUCAAGUAGCGCGCUCUAUUUAUUUCCUAAAAGAGAAAGUGUUACCUACUACACACAUAUAGCUGAGAAGAGAGGGGUAAAUCUAUUUGUAAAAAAAAAAGAAACCAGAUUGAGUAAUUCUUGCACUCUCUCGUCUUCCUCUUUCGCUUCGAGAUAAUACUGUAUAUCCCUGCGUAGAGAUCAGUCGAGAAAGAUGGGAGGAUUCUCUACGAAGAAGAUGAUGUUUCAGCAGCUUCUUACUUCAGUCCUGUUGCUUCAUCUCUUGAUCUCGUCUUCUUCUGGUGCACUAGUUAACUCAAGUGAGAACGGAGUAUGUAUUUCUAAAAGGGGACGACCAUACGAGUUAGAAGGAAAGCUUCCCAAGCCUGGUGAUCUAAACCUGUGUAAUGCCUCCCAUGACAAGACUUGCUGGUCUGCUUCAUUAGCUCUCCAAAACCUAGCUACGCAUGGAGAAGCUUCUAAAGAUUGCUUCUACUUCUAUGAUCUUUUGGAAUGUUCAAUCUGUCAUCCAGAUGUUGGAGUUCAAUCAGAACGUCUCCGCAUUUGUGCCUCCUUCUGUGACAGAGUCUUCGAGGCUUGCUCAGAUGCCUACUUUAGUACUAGUGAUGCUAGUAAUCAGGUUAUAGUACCGUGUGGAGCAAGCAAUGGUAUCAUCUGCGUGAAAGUUUUCAAGUGGGGGACUAAUGGCACAUCCUUUUGUGAAGCAGUGGGUUUCACUGUUGAUCAAACAGCUGAUGUUUCCGCUUGUUACGGAAGCAGCAUAUCAAGUUUUGGACCAGCGGUGAAGUCACUCAUAAAGACUGAGAAUGUUGGUUGGUUUCAAGAUCUCAAGAAGCUAGUUAGAGAGAUGACACUGGUCCAACAGUUCUCUUGGGUUGUAACACUUAUUGUACUAGGAAAAAUGCUCUUUAACAGGUGGCGUUAUCAGCAGCAGAUGCGAGCUAUGAUCCAGAGGGAUGCGAGAAGAUUGAUAAGAUACAUGAAUGGGAGGAUUUGUAAUUCAAAUUUUUUAAUAGAAUAGCAUUCAAACUUCUAAAUAAGCCUAUAAUCAUAUGAAAUAGAUAUUUCACUGCUAUAUUUUGGGUAAAAGAACUCAUUAGGGAGUUUUGGGGACAUAACAAAUUGUAAACCAAACAGUUUUCAUUAGCAUCAUGUUAUUACUAUUCCAUAAUGCAGUAUCCUCCAGUUUAUUAUUGUUGAGAUAAGCUUGGAGAAAGCUUGAGAGUCAAGCUACCUAUUCCUAUUUGGUUUAUGAUCUUAAGAGAUAAGGAUCAUAUUAGAUUGUGUGAUACUAUUAGGAAUAGGAAAUAUAAAGUCUCUAUAUAAAGACUAAGUCGAGUAAUGGCAUUAGUCACGAGUUGUG